GCCUACGCGAAGGACGAUACACAAAAAUCGUCGUUGACAUUGUCUGGCGUAAACUAGCUUUGUUCUGUCUACGUGCAUUUAAAUUGGAUUGUAGUUUGUUUAGAUCGUCACAUAAUGACGGUGGAUAUUGUCUGUCAGAAGCAGUUUUCUCUAUGAGAUUUGGUUUUACUGGAUUUCAGUUUCAUCAGAGCCGAUCUUGCCAACCUCUAUGCAGCUUGAUAGGCGCCCUCGCUUGGUGGAUGGUAAACUACCAGUCUUUGUAUUCCCAACAGAGCUGGUGUACUAUGCAGAUGAUCGGAGUUCUCACAAGCAGGUGCUGACCGUAUACAAUCCCUAUGACUUCACACUGAAAUUCAAGGUGUUAUGCACAACACGUCGCAAAUAUGCCGUGGUGGAUUCAGAGGGUACAGUCAGACCAGGUUGCUGUGUGGAUGUUGUAAUCCGGCACAAAGAAAUCAAGGAGUCCUCCUAUGGUGUGAGGGACAAGUUUCGGCUGAAUAUCUAUGAGCAUGGUCGACGCGAUGCCAUCGGAAGCAAGGACAUACCCACCAUCCUUCUACCUACAUCUCAGGGACGAGAAAAAGAAUCAGAUGAGCUGUCGUCCACACCAGGAGAAGGCUCUACUAAUAUGCCAUUUACUGCUGUUGCUAGGCAACGACAAGUGACUCCUGGGCCAACAGUUGUACUACUAGCUUUAGUUUGUGUCGUAGCUCUGCUAUUACCAAUGCAGGGAGAGGCCGGCUCCAGUCUUCCAUUGUACCUCCAUCUGACCGUCAACCAGAAACUUAUAGCAGCAUAUGUUUUAGGUCUUGUUACCAUGGUGAUUUUGCGGACAUGACAAUGUGACCUGAGCCCUUCCCAGAGGACCAGGAUUUGUGGGGUUUUAUGUCUUCUGUGGGAGGUCAGCGCAGUUUACCAGAGUUUCUAAGUUUUGCUGAUGACUUGAGCGAAAUUUGGAUAUCAGCAAACCAAAGGUGUGAGAACUUGAGUCACAUUGAAGACAUCGUCUCAUUGGAGGUGAAAGAUUUGUUGGAGCUGAGCUUGUUUGUACUCAAUAAAUUCAGGUACAACAUUUAAGGCGUCUGCAUAUUUAUUGACUGUGAUUGAAAUCAUUAUUCUAAUCUUAACUGUUUUGCAUUCAUUUAUAAAUUGAGGUGACAACUUUGCUCAUGAAAUUUGAACCAAAAACAAAAUUGUGAGUUGAAUAAAGAGUCCUAUUUCUUAAACCCAAUGUUUUCUGUGGUUACAAUGACAUGCACCCUCGCACGAUAUGUAUAUUAGUAAGCAAUCAUAAAUACCUAAGACAGUUUAGCCAUUCCUCUUGGUCAAAAACCUAUCACAUGACACCCAUCUCUAUUUAAAGAGAUUGUUUACAAUGAUAUUGUGAGAGGAAUUUGCCAUAGCGUGACUGGAGAGGUGUUUGAGAAGAGUAGAGUAAAACUUUUGAAGAAAAUUGGGGACAAUUUAUCCUUUUUACAACUUGUUUAGACUUGUUAAUUCAAAAGAUAUUUAUGAACAGGAAUAAAUAGGCCUAUGUGUUUGACCGGUCUUGAAUGAAUGAUGAUGACUGGCUAAGUAGAAUGGACUCGGAGUAUCUAUGAUUUGUUGCUCGGGCCAUUAUUAACACCCACUCUCCUGAUCCGGUCUUAAGGACUGACCAAACCAACAUCUUAAAGGCCGACCAAAAACGUCAAUGCACAUAUAUAUUUCAUGCAUGCAUAUACAUGUAUCCCCGUCAUCCUCUGUAGCCUCCAAUUCUCUGUACGAUAUGAUGAUUGUAGUCACUGACCAAAAAAUUGAUAGGAGAGACUAAAAGGCCUUGUGCACUACUGCCAAUGUUAAUGCUAGAAUUUGGAGCAUAUUUCGGCUUGGUUUCUCUGCACAAGUGAAGAAUGCAGUGUGAACCACUCGUACACCUUUUUGCAAUUUGCGGCUAAUAACAAUGUGUAAAGCUAUGGGAAGUGGUUGCAGCCGCUCUGCUAGUGGCUUCCAUAGAAGCAUGCACUAUCUCUAGCCAUAGCCAACUACAUCUGACACAGCCCAAUUAUACUAAUUCAACCAUCAUGGAAUACCCAACGAAAUAGCAGAUGCAACAAAGCAAGAAAUAGUUACAGAUUUGCUGACAUUAAUUUGCUGACAUUAAUUGUAAUGUUUUUGGUUAUUGCUGGUACCAAGAUGUGAGUAUUAUGCAACUCAGAUGCUGCAAUACAAUUUAUGAACUUGUCAUUUUAAAAUGUACAUGAUGCAUGGUUAUACGUAUUGCUUAUUUAAAUGUCACCUGCUGUGUGAAAAUAAUUGACGUAUUUGUUAUUUUAGUUUCUCCUCAUUUUAAUUUAGUUUUCCAUUCUUUAUUACGCUAAUUUGAUGGGAGCCCCAACUAAAAAUUGCAAGGACAGUAGUCUUGAUACAAGCCAUUUCCAGGUGCACCCUUGUUCGCAUAAAUAUCUUAUCUUGUCAAGACAAGUCAGUAGUGGAUUUAUUUGAAGUAUUUCCAUAUCCCAUUCUAAGGCGUAGCUAUGGAGGAUGGGGGGGGGGGGCAAGUGCCCCACUGAAAAAAAAUGAAUGGAUAUUGAACAAGGCUAAAAAGGUUUGCCCCUGAGAAA